CUCUCCUUCCCUUUUCAGGUGGCUAUGGUAGAAGUUCAGCUGGAUGCAGAACAUGACUACCCUCAAGGUCUCUUGAUAGCCUUCAGUGCCUGCACUACCGUCCUUGUUGCAGUUCACCUUUUUGCACUCAUGAUAAGUACCUGCAUUCUCCCAAACAUAGAGGCUGUUAGCAACGUGCAUAAUCUCAACUCUGUGAAGGAAUCUCCUCAUGAGCGUAUGCAUCGGCACAUUGAGCUUGCGUGGGCGUUUUCUACUGUCAUUGGGACUUUGCUCUUUCUUGCAGAGGUCGUGCUGCUGUGUUGGGUGAAGUUUCUUCCUCUAAAGAAGAAAACUGAUAAUCCCCUCCAAAGCAACAGCUCUGCCAUCACAUCAGGACAGGCAGCGGCCAUCGCCUCAACGUCUAUUAUGGUUCCCUUUGGAUUGAUUUUCAUUGUGUUUGCAGUCCACUUCUACAGGUCACUGGUGAGCCAUAAAACAGACAGGCAAUUUCAAGAACUGAAUGAACUCGCUGAAUUUGCACGGCUCCAGGAUCAGCUGGAUCACAGAGGUGAUACCAUCUCCUCAGCUGUUACCCAUUUUGCAUAAAGCUGUACUUAAAGAAAAUAAACCCACGAUUCCGCUUCUGUCUUAUGUUGAAUCCCCUGUGGAUGAACUGGUGGAACUGUUGAUUACCAUUUAAGAGAGAUUAUAAAUGUUGUUCUAACCCUUUAGAGAGGAAAAAAAAAUGUUUCUUUCAUAACAUUUUGUCUGGCUGACAUGUGGAGGAAUGGCUGGUGGGGGGUAUGCUUGCCCUGUGUGUGCA